GAAUAAAUUUAGUCAAGUUCCAGAGUUCAAAGCAACAACAUCGUGUCUUCAUCAUUACCAAACUUCCUCUUCAUCAUUAACAUUUGGUCCUUCGAACCGGAUUAGUGUGCGAGUGAUCCACAGUUCGCGUUUAGGGAAGUUUGUGAAAAGUAAAGUUUGUGUUAGAAAGUGAAACAAUGCCCGUUGACCAUUCUCCCGCCAAAGAAGUGGUUCCAGCGGCCAACGACAUGGAGGAAAGCCAAAGUUCCACCGUCAGAGAAUUUGGCUCCGUUCCAGACGUCACCAAAUUGAACCGUCAACGCACUCACCUGGAGUGGCAGCUUGACCGUCUAGAACAGAUGUUCGUCAAACACAGCACCGACGUUCACUCGCUGAAAACCAUAUCAGACCGAGUGAAGGUGCUUGCUUUGGACUACAAACAAUGGUACGACUCGAUCUUGGACGUUGUGAGCGACGACCAAGCACAGGAGGCAAUCGAGCGAUAUGGCGUGUUCGACGACAGGGUAUUUGAGUUAAGCAAAAACAUCGAAUACCAGUUGGCAUCGCAGAUCCCAUUGCCUACAACACCAAACCCAUUUUUCGGCAGUGAGCAGAAACCCACGACAGUCCCGGUGCGUGCAAGACUUCCCGAAAUCGUGCUACCACAUUUCGACGGAAAUAUUCGCGACUGGCCUGCCUUCCGUGACGCGUUUCAAUCACUGAUUCAUUCGUCAGAACAGCUGACCGAAUGUGACAAACUACAUUACCUUGCUGCGUCGCUGACGAAGGACGCACGCGCAGUGAUCGACGCGUUGGAAAUUACAUCCAAAAACUACGACGUAGCCUGGAAGCUGUUGUCCGAGCGCUACGAGAACAAGUACCUCAUCGUCAAAACCACCGUUGAGGCGUUAUUCAGCAUAUCACCGCUGAGGAGAGAAUGUGCAGAUUCUCUAAGCCGACUCGUCGACGAUUUUGAGCGUAACCUUCGAAUGCUUGAAAAGGAAGGCGAGAAACCAGAUGCAUGGAGCACGCUACUGGUGUUCAGGCUAAGCUCGCUGCUGGAUCCAACAACCCUGCGUCAUUGGGAGCUUCACCGGAAGUCUACGACCAUCCCAACGUACAAGGACUUAGUGCAAUUCGUCCGCAACCAUUGCCAUGUACUGAAGUCCUUCUCCAAGCCAGCCAGCGGAGCCAAAACCGGAGACACCAUGCGCAGCAACCCUCGAGUGCAAACCAUCCAUGCUGCGACCAGUGCUGUGCAUAGUGUUGCGUACAACGAAAAGUGCAAAUUGUGCGGUGUUUCGAAACAUUCAGUGUUCCGGUGUGAAUUAAUGAACAAUAUGAGUGUUGCAGAUAGAAAGCAACUAGUGCAGUCGAAAGGAUUGUGCUUCAACUGCCUUUCUCCAGCUCAUCGUUUACGACAGUGCACAUCAAGCGGAUGCAAGAUCUGCCAACAACGGCAUCAUACGUUGCUGCACGAAGCAGCGCCAGCAACUGAGGCGUCGGAUGCUCCAUCCACGAGUUCUACCUGUCCUCCUCAGUCCCUUACCCACUGUUCCAUCCAGAUCGAAAACAGUGUUGUGUUGCUGCAAACCGUGCUGGUCCAGGUAGAGGACAAUCACGGACGAAGUCAUCUAGCACGUGCCUUGCUGGAUUCCGGAGCACAACUCAACAUCGUUACCGAGCGCCUUACUCAACGGCUGGGUGUGGCGAAACGGCGAGAGAAUCAUCGCAUCGGAGGAAUCGGAGAAGUUUCCGUGACGUCACAACAUUCGGCUUUGUUAAGGAUCCAUUCUUUAGACAGCGAAUACACAGCGUCCGGAAAGUUCCACGUGCUCAGCAAGCUCACUCGUGAGCUCCCAUCAAGCCGUAUCAACACAAGCAGCUGGCAGAUACCUCGUCAAGUUCAGCUGGCCGAUCCUUCGUUUCACAGUCCUGGCCCGAUCGACCUCAUCAUCGGAGCAGAGCUGUACUACGACGUCGUUAAGGAAGGACUCAUCAAGCUAUCCCACGAAAGAGUGACACUCCAAAACACUGCUUUUGGUUGGGUGAUAGCAGGCAGAGUUAAUGUUCAUGCACCAUCACCAUCUUCAUCUAUCGUGGGACACGUCUGCAGUAAUAGCAUCGAAGAGCAGCUGAGCAAAUUCUGGGAGCUGGAGUCAUGCCGAGCCACCAGUACAUUAUCCGUCGAGGAGAGCAACUGUGAGAAACAGUUCGCAGCCACCACCACCAGAGACACCGAUGGUCGAUUCAUCGUGCAGCUACCGAAACGAGAGGAGAAGCUGGCUCUUCUUGGGGAUUCGAAAGGGAUAGCCACACGCCGGUUCCUUUCCUUGGAACGUCGGCUAUCCUCGAAUGCCUCAUUGAAGACAGCUUACACACAGUUCAUUGAGGAGUACGCAGAGCUUCAGCACAUGACAGAAGUAGCCGAGAGCGAUGCUACAACUUCAUCACCAUCAUACUAUCUCCCACAUCACUGCAUCGUGCGACCAGAUAGUACCACCACUAAACUCCGAGUGGUGUUCGACGCUUCGUGUGCAUCAGACACCGGAACAUCUUUAAACGAUGCACUGAUGAUCGGACCCACUAUCCAAGACGACCUGAUGUCCAUUCUAUUACGGUUUAGAAUGUCGAAAUUUGCACUGGUAGCAGACAUCGAGAAGAUGUACCGGCAAAUCAACAUAGCUGCCAUCGAUCGUCCGCUGCAACGAAUUCUGUGGCGAAAUUCUCCAACCGAGCCGAUACGGACGUUCCAGCUCAACACCGUCACCUACGGCACAUCAUGUGCUCCGUAUUUGGCCACCAAAACCCUGCAAGUGCUAUCUCAGGUCGGAGCUAGCACCCAUCCCGAAGCGGCAACCAUCCUCGGCCGAGACUUCUACAUGGACGACAUGCUGACUGGCGUAAACAGCAUUCCCGAGGGUCAACGAGUAUGUCAGCAACUCAUCGAUCUCCUGGCUUCUGGUGGAUUCUGCUUGCGGAAAUGGGCCACCAACAACAGGCAGAUCUUCAAACAUCUGCCCCAGCAUCUGCAAGAUGAAAGGACGAUUCUCAACUUGGAUGCGAAGUCACCGAUCAUCAAGACACUCGGACUGAAGUGGAACGUUUCCACCGACGCUUUUGUAUUCAACAUCCCGCGCUGGAACGCAGACAACAUCAUCACCAAACGAAACGCGCUUUCGGAUGUCGCGAAACUGUUCGACCCAAUCGGACUGGUUGGACCAGUUAUCAUCCAAGCCAAGCUGUUCCUUCAAGAGCUGUGGAGAUGUCAGAUCGCCUGGGACGAGCCGUUAACACCAGCACUACAAAACCGAUGGCUUUUGUUUCGCGAGAAGUUGGCCAUGCUGCAAACGAUCCACAUUCCACGCUGGCUCUUAACCGAUCAACGAGCAACGAAUCUACAAAUGCAUUGCUUUUGUGAUGCAUCCGAGAAGGCGUACGGAGCGGCGAUUUACUUGCGUUCGACCAACACCGAUGGACGUGUGACAACCAACCUCAUCACUGCAAAAUCCAAGGUGGCACCACUAGCAGACUCCCGUAAACAAAAGCGUGUUUGCUUACCCCGGCUGGAGCUUUCUGCAGCACUGCUACUAGCACACUCGUACGAGAAGGUGUCAGACGCCUUGAAGCUUCAGGUCGAGACCAUCUUUUGGUCUGACUCAACCAUCGUCCUGCAUUGGUUGUCUGCAACUCCGUCACGCUGGAAAACCUUCAUCGCUAACCGGGUGUCCGAGAUCCAACACAUCACUCACGGCAAGGAGUGGAGACACGUACCCGGAACGGACAAUCCUGCGGACAUCAUCUCCCGAGGAAUGGAUGCGGAUCAGCUGGAAAUUUCAACCCUUUGGUGGCACGGACCAGACUGGCUGGCGCAACCAUCAGAGGAAUGGCCGAACACUCAUCAACCUCGACAGGAAGAAUUCACCACGGACGAAUUGGAGGAGCGACCAAUCUGCAUGGCUGUACAAUCCGUGGCUCCGAACGAACUUUUUAGCCUCCGUUCAACGUUCACCGGAUUGCAACGUCUGGUUGCGUGGCUAAGAAGAUUCCGACACAAUACGAAUCCUGCUAAUCAUCAACAACGCAGAUUGGAUCAUCAUCUCAGCUUGGAGGAACUAGCCGAAUCUACACUGUGUCUAGUUCGCCUAGCUCAAGCUGAAUCAUUCCCAGAAGACAUCAAACAUCUAUCGAAAGGCGAUUCGGUCGGCAACAACUCACCUUUAAAACUACUAGCACCGUUUCUACAAGAUGGCCUGCUACGAGUGGGCGGAAGAUUGCGACAUGCACCAAUCCCGUUUGUUUAUACAUAAGAGUUAGGAUCGGCGGAGGAGAUUGCAUGAAAGAGAGUUCAGCAAUAAUACAAGCCAUGCCAUAAUUAGAGUGCCAUAAUUUGGCGGCCAUCAACGC